CAAGCAGAGGAAUCCAGCCCGUCACAAACCUCCUGCCGAGUCUUUCAGGGAUUUUUGGCAGAAACUCCAGUUUCCUAUCUGGACAUGGACAAUUUCUGAGGAAAACAGAGCUUUCCUAAAGGAAAGAGGGAAACCCAGGUGUGCACAGAUCCAGUGUUAUUCUCCCGACUGGCGCUGAGCAGAGGCCUUGCACCCUGUGUGUGCCUAAUUAAGGCUCCACAGACCUGCCAGGCUCCUAGAGAGAGUGGUUACAUCAGCACAGUCCUGGGCAGAACCGAGGAAAGAGCUUCAUCGCCCCGAACUGAGCCAAUGUCCAGACUGACACAGAGGGCUGUUGUGUCUCCGGAACACCUUCCCCUUCCCCCCUGCCAUGGAGGAUGUGACAAGAUCAGCUGGUUUCCAGAAGGCAAGGUGUUCAGUAAUGUUCAGAGGGAGAAGAUCAUCUCCAAGUUCCUUAAAGAAAGCCUUCUCAAGAGAGUGUUCCGUUCACAGCAGACGAGGUGGGAGGGGCCCGACUACCAGAAAGAGAAUUCAAGCUACGCCUUUCCUGGCACCAGAAAGAAGGCCGAGCCGGAGGGGGCGCCCGCCAAGCCGUUCGCCCCGCGCGCGGAGGGGCCCCGGCCUCGGGGCGGCAGCGCCCUCGGAGAGGACGCCGGGGAGGACACGUGGGCCUGCGGCGCCGUGGGGAUUUUAAGGAAACAGAGAAGCAGCUGCAACAAAAAGGGGAGAAGAAAUGGUGAGACCUGUGGCACCAACCUGCGUGUGUCAAACAUCUCUCAUGAGAACUUAUCUCACUGGAAUUUGGAUUCAGAAGUACCUGUUCCUGAAAAUAAAAACCUCUCAUCUGGAUGGGAUAGUGCAGCAGGUGGCAAAAUUAACAAGAACCAUUUGGAAAUUCCAGUAGAGCAGCUAAUGCUAGAACUUAAUCUGUCAGAGCAUGCUCACGAAAGAACACAGAAUAGUAAACAAGGGAUAUUUCAGUUAUGGAGUUUUCCUCUUAAUGAAGGAAGUACCAUGGAGAACAAGGAAUUCAAAAAAUCUUCAGUGGAAACUGGCUUUAAUGUAACCAGCAAUCCUGUAAGGCUCUUCACUCUGAACCACUCACUGACAAGUGCUUUAGCUGAUAAGCAUGUUUGUCCUGACCCUGGACUGCCAAUGCCAUUAGGUCUCUGCUGGCCCUAUGCUGAUGGAGACUUCUUUAAGGACAGAAAUGAGCUUCAUAUUAAUUCAUGUUCAACUAUAGAAAACAGCACUGGUGAAACUUUAUCUGCUCCAAAUUGGAAUUUGAAAUAUGGAAACAGUAGUAUGGAAGAAAAUUUAACAGAUGAAAGUGAUUUAUCAGAAAAUGAGAAAGCAAAUGAUAGUUUACUUGGCUAUUUUAAAAGGAUGGACCUGAACUUAAAACCAGAAAAAAUAGAAAAUGUUGAAGAACCUUUCACUGAGGAACCAAAUGAAGUAUUUCCAUAUCCUGAUUUUCUCCCUCCUCCUUUCAAUGCUCUGGACUUGCACAAAUUAGCCCUCUCAAAAUCUGAAAAUUGGAGAGCGACAGUGGACCCUCCAGAAAGCUCUACUGAACACUUGAUAACUCGUUUACUGGAACUGGAAAGAUUACAACAUACGACUAUACAAAAAGAAAGGCCAAGACUACAAACUACUUGCUGUACUCCAGCAGUUACUGAACGACCCUCUUCCUCCAAAGCUAUACCAAAAGUGAGACAGCCAAAACUUUCUGACUCUUUGAGUCUUCAGAUGUCUUGUGUAGAUAAAAGUCGAGAAAAAAGAAAAAACAAUUCUGGUUCUUGCAAGCUUGAACAAAAUGCUUCAAAAUGGAAUUGGAACAGUGCUGGCAAAUGUAAAUGGAAUUCUAGACCACCAUCUCUAAAAAGCUCAUCCACAACAAAACAAUCGCUUGCAACUUAUGAUUUUAAGAAUCCCAAAAGUUCCAUUUUAAAUCCAUGCCAAGAACUCUCAUCCAAGCCUACUACUGCCCAAACAACUCAAUCACUGGUUAAAAUGGUCUCAACAAGAUGUCUGCCACCAAGGUCUCCAAUACCAGUUUCACCGAUACCUCUAUCUUUUCCUGACAAUCAGAAGGAAGAAAUUAAGGCACCAAGGACCAAAAAGAAACUCUACCGAAAAAAUAUAGUGUUGAAUAGACCAUUCUAUAUUCAGAAGCUAAAUUGUUUGUCACCUUCGUUUAUUGCUAAGGAUAAAUGCUCACCCAUUGACCAAAAAUAACUUCUUUCGUACAUCUCAAUGUGAGCAAAUCUGUUUCAAGAAGCCCAGCUAAGAUAUGGUUCAUUAUUCCGAGAUACAGGUAUUAAAGAAACCCCAAAAAUCACACAAAACAAUUGCUGGGUGUGAUAUGGAGUGGAACUUGUGAAAAUCACUGCUGAGAUGUCUGUCUAUAAAUCCAGGGACUUCUACACUGACAUAUUUGACAAUCUUUUGCAUGUUGUUUCAAAGAAAUGUUUUACUUAGUAAACUGUUCAAAAGAUUGUUCUUUUAUAGUGUUUUCCAGUAUAAUUCCAUCAUCAAUAAAUGGUAUAAUGGA